UGAUGAGCGGAUUCGAGCCCCUUUAGAUGCGCAUUCGCGUCCACCAUCGACCACGAUCGCCAUCCGCUCCUCGCGCUCGCACUUUCGGACCUCACACACCGUCAUCAUAUCAUGGUCGCCUCUCGCAAUAUGAUCUCUGUAGGGCGUUCAGCUCUCCGUGCGCCCCUUGCCCCAGCAGCACGAGGUCUGCGCACUGCAGUGCCAGCGCCAGUGGCGACAGCUUCCAGCCGAUCUCAAGAGAAGUCUCCUGCCAAGUCUUCUCCUCAGCUGCCCAGCCUCGGUCGUUCCUUCGCCACAUCGAGCUGCGCCAAGGUGUACCAACCCGAUCCUCAAGCCAUGACGACUGUGGGCAACCAAGGCUCGAACCAGCUCUCCAUCGAAACGCCUCGCAACAAUGUCGAGUACGUCACCACCACUCUGGACAAGAUGGUCAACUGGGCUAGACAGGGCUCUAUGUGGCCCAUGACAUUUGGUCUGGCUUGCUGCGCUGUGGAGAUGAUGCACGUCGCCACUGCUCGUUACGAUCAGGAUCGUCUCGGUGUAGUGUUCCGCGCCAGUCCUCGUCAGUCCGACGUUAUGAUCGUUGCCGGCACUCUCACCAAUAAGAUGGCGCCCGCUUUGCGCAAAGUGUACGAUCAGAUGCCCGAGCCUCGAUGGGUCAUCAGCAUGGGAAGCUGCGCAAACGGAGGUGGCUACUACCACUACUCCUACAGUGUCGUUAGAGGCUGCGAUCGCAUUGUUCCCGUGGAUCUCUACGUGCCUGGCUGCCCUCCUACCGCCGAGGCGUUGUUGCACUCUUUCCUGGUGCUCAUGAGAAAGAUGAGAAGGGGACGCAAGGUUACGCGAUGGUACCGCUCCCUCUAAGCCGCGCAUUGAUUAGAUCAGUCCUCGACGCGCAUCAUACACCUGUAUUUUCUCAUUUCUGCGCUCUCGAAGUGAGGCAGUAAUUCUUCCGCACAUUUCGCGAUCAUUGGCGCAUCAGAUUGUCAACAGUGCCGCAGUGUUCAAAUUGCCGAGAAUUUGUGGUAUCAAGAGGAAGGAAAGGAGAGCAGGAACGGAGGCAAACAAGCGUGGACGCGGCGUGGUGCAAUUGUUGAGGUGUGGCAU